GUAUGUAAAUGGUUUGGAAAAGUAGAGGAAGGUCGGUUCAUAGCUGUCAUACUUGUACUAUUUCGUCAUUCCGACUCGAGAACGAAUCGGGCUAACACGCGUUUUCGGAUUUCUACCUCAAUUUUUGCUGUGGUGUUCAUACACAACAAGAAUACUUUAGAGAUACAAACACAAAAAAAAAACAAAUUAUUAAAUAAAAUACAAAUUAUUACAAACAAGAAAGCAGAAAUUAAAAACAAAAAAAAAACAAAAAAUAACAUUCGUCUAAUAUCUUUGCAACCAAAAAAUCAGGUUUUAAACAAAAUAUUUUGAUAAAAACGAAAAAUGAAAAUAAUUUAAAGAAAAAACACAAGUAGAUCGUCUGUUUUAGUGCAAAAAAUAAAAUAAAACAACACAACGUUUAUAUCGUAGUAAAUUAUUCAAAUGAUGUAUUGAACUCUCUGUUUUUUCUUCGACAAAAAAAGAGAGAGAACAACAUAAUUGUUUAUUUAUUUUUGGUACGCGAAGCCAAAUUUUUAUUGCAACACACAUUUCCACAACCACACACUGUCCUACACCGAUCAUCGUGUCACACCGUGUGUGAUUUUCGACUAUCAUCUUGCUGCUACUCCUGCUGCUGCAGAUUCAUAAUUGCCGAGAUAACACACAGAGAGAUUGCACUCAAUAACUACUGUUUAGUCUCUUUGGUUGGUCCCACUCGCGAUCGAUAACACUUUUCGAUCGAGUAGAAAUACGGAGUCCAAAAACCGAUUCUGCAGUAAAAAACAACAACAACAACAACAAUUUUUUACAACACGUUACACUAAUUCGUAGUUAGACACAUAGCAAUAAUAACUUGAGCUCAGUGCAAACAAGGCAAUUUUUAUCGAACCUACGAUAAUCGAAAGAGCAAGAACGAUAGUUGAAAGAAGAAAUUUAAAAGAAAGACACACAUAUAUACACAUACAGAGAGUAGAACUUUUCAACGAAAAGCGGAAGCCGCACACAGAAAGCGAAAAGCACCGCAGAAAACAAGCAUACAACAAACGGUUCUAGUGAAAACGAAAGUGAAAUUACAAUCGCGUCAAAAUCCAAUCCAUUUGAAUCAUUUCGCCGAAAGAAAGAGCGAGAGCGAGUACGUUAAGCUUUAAGCCGUCAUCGUUGUCAUCGCAGUCGCUGCAAGUGUUAUUUAUUUUUGUUUAUGUUAUGUUCAUGUGUGAAAAACCAAGACCGAGAAAAGAAAUAAAGUAUACACAAAUGUUCAAUUGAACUCGCGACGGAAGAGACAUAGUCACAAGAUAAAAAAAAAGAAGAAAGAAACAAAAACCAAUAGAAAAGUGGUGUGAAAAUAGUACAAUUCAGCUUCUCAAGUUUAAAAAGAAAUUUCUUUGGUUCUGUUCUGUUUUUUUUUUGGUUUUGUUCAAAUCAAUGUUGGUUGCGUUCAUUUAGUGAAUUUUCAUGAUAGUGUGACAACAACAACAUAAUAAAAAGUAUAUAAAUCAAAUAUUUAAAACAAAAAUCCCCUCAAAACAACACAAAUUAACCCCCUAAAACAACAUAGUUAAAAUGUUAUAUAUGCUAUUUGGUUAAAUGAUGAUUAUCGUCGUUUUAUCUGUUGAAGGAAAGAAUACAAAAAGAAUUAUUACGCAAAACAACAAUUAUGAUCUAAAUCAAUCAACUAAAUCAAACAUUCUUGUACGAAAUUCGUUAAAAGAAAUAAUAGUAACCAAAACCAAUCGCGAAAUCAAACGUAAAUACAAUUUGAAUUGAAAAGCGCGAUUUGAAAAUUAUUUCUUGGCAAAUAAAAUCGAUCAAAUCAUACAAACGAUUAAAUGUCAAGUAGUAACAUUUGGAUUUAGUGAACUUUAAAUAGAUAUAUUAUAUAUAUUUUUUAAAAAAGGAAGAAAAAAACAAACAAACUCUAAAAUUAUUCUUAUUAUUGUCUCAGGUGAAACAUUAAAAAAAAUAAAAAUAAAUAAAACGAAUGAUUUGAGCAUCCAAUGUGUUUUUGACCAAAUAUAAGAAAAUUUAAGAGAUUCACAAAAUUAUUUCGUGAAAAGACAACAACAACAAAAUCAACGUGAAAGAGUAUCCAAUAUACAUUGUGUGAACGAAAGUUUGACCACGUCCAGGCAUACACUCUCUCACACAUACAAUACCAACGGUUUCAACAAUUUUAAAACUUAAACAAGUAACAAACUAACGCUCUCGGCCUCUUCGGGGAGUGAUUUAUAAAUAAAAUGAUCAAGAACUAAUAAUAUCCAAAGCGAACAAUAAAAAGGCAGACGAAGAUAAGAAAAAUAAGUAGAAAAAAACGUGCACACACAUACAUACACCGAAUAAAAACGGAAGAGGAAUUGAAAAAGGCAUCAUUCGAAGUAAAUAACUAGCCGUUGUUUAGUGAACAAUGUUCGUGUAAACGAGAAGCAGACUGCCAAAGCUCAUCCACUCACAAUACACAACGCGCAACGCAACGCAACACACGAAUCAACCAGUGAAUUAAUCAGGAAAUUCGUUGUCGUUCAAUUUUUUUAUCCUCUGAUAUUCGUUUGCGCUUGUUCAUCGUCUUCUUUGGAAAGAACGAACGAGACAAAAAAAAAUCGCUUACGAAAGGCUCAACGACACAAGCGCACAUACACACACACACAUACAUAUUAAUCCAAGAUGAUAAUGAUUCAGCAACAACAAGUUUAUCCACCUUUUGGGCAAAAAAUGGCCGCAAAAUCGGGGGCUCUGGUGAAACCGGAGGAUGACACAUCGAUUGAAUCGAUUCCGACAACACCGAGCGGUGUCGCCGUUUGUGUGAUCAAAGAGACAGAAAGUGUGCUCAAAUCAAGUACAAUGCGAGCGGUGGCUGAACGUUGCCGAUCCGAGAGUCCAGCCGAGAUGACAUUUAACGGUGUAAUUAAGGGUGCUGAUCUGAUUGGUUCGCGCAGGUCGCCUGCAUCGGUGGUAACCAAAGCCGAGAUCACAGCUAUCACCAGCAUUGCACCAACAACACAACAGCACACAACAAACGAUCAGAGUAAAUACCAUGUGCGACGUUUUAUUAAGCGCAGCAACAGCAUCGAUGAUGACGAUGAAUUAUUUGAUGCCGAAGCCGAAGAUCGAAUUAUCAAACAGUAUGAACGACGCAAGAAUUAUGAUUCCGAGCCAGAGGGACGUGACGAUGAACCAUCAUAUGAUUACAAUGGUCGCUACACAACCGACGAUGAUGAACCAUUAGAUUUAUCACUUCCAGCCGAUCGGCGACGUCAUCAUAACUAUUCCGAUACCGAAUCAGACGAUUCAGCCGGCACCGGGGAAGACAAAGCCAGUGGCAAAGCAGCAUACAAAAAGAAUCUCAUGAAACGCUAUCUUGAUACAGAAAUACCGAUUAUAAAGCACUCAUCGAGUCCACCAGCGCUACCGACACACAACCAACCACAACAACUAUCGCAUCAAAACCAACAACAGACACAUCAUCAAACCCACCGGAAUCAUCUUCAAACAUCCCAUCAUCACCAGCAACAACAAAAACAGCAACAGCAACAGUUAUCGCAUCGACCAUUGCUGCAUAACUUAUUAAGCGGAACGGCAACACCAUAUCACAGAAAUUAUUGUACAUCGAGUACAGGAUCUCUACCACCAAGUCCAGCCGAUAGUGGUGUGUCCGAUGUGGAUAGUUCGAGUUCGGGCGGUCAACCAUGCAGCGAGGAACUGAAGGCACGAUUAGGCUUGCAACCACAUGUUGCACCACAAACAGUUCCUGGACCAUUCCUCAAUCCAAACUAUUAUCACAAUCCAACGCAACUGCGAAAUAUUUGGAACAAUCGCAAUGUUCAAUUGCCCGAAAAUUAUUAUCCCCAUUUGAUAAACGGUGCUUACAAUCCAUCGCACUUUCAAACGCCAUCACCAACGCGAAGUUUUCAUCCACACAGUGUAAUCCAAACACCAACAUCCAGUGUUAACGAUGAUUUAUCGUAUAUGAUUGAGUUCGGUUUGCAGCCACGUCGAAUAAAGAAGCAACGCAAGCCAAAAAUCGAAAUGGGUGUUAAACGGCGCAGCCGAGAAGGUUCUACAACGUAUCUAUGGGAAUUUUUAUUGAAAUUACUGCAAGAUCGUGAAUAUUGUCCACGUUUUAUCAAAUGGACGAAUCGCGACAAAGGCGUCUUUAAAUUGGUCGACUCAAAGGCCGUGUCCCGUUUAUGGGGUAUGCACAAAAACAAGCCGGAUAUGAAUUAUGAAACAAUGGGACGAGCCCUACGAUACUACUAUCAACGUGGCAUCCUGGCGAAAGUCGAUGGCCAACGUUUAGUUUACCAGUUCGUUGACGUACCUAAAGAUAUAAUCGAAAUCGAUUGUUCAAGCGCGUAAACCAAAAAAAAAGAAGAAGAAGAAGAAGGAAAACACAGAAAGAAUAAGAAGAAAAUCUUUGUUUUUUUUAAAUUAUUUUAAACAUUUCAAACAAACAAGAAAAAAAAACAACAGCAACAACAACAAAAAAUUGCAUAUACACAAAUCUAAGUUACACAUUGAGCUAAAGAAAAAACGAAAACACACAAAUCAAUGAAUUUGCUCGGAAUGUAUGUAUAUAGAAUAUGAACAAAACAAAACUAUUUGGCGCAAACGAAAUGUUUGGAGAUAUCCCAAAUUGAAAAUGAACACAAAGAAGAAGAGAAAUUUGUCUUUGCACUUUUUUUUUCGUGGUCACUGAAAACCGAAAUUGAUAACGUAUAAAAAAAAUUGUAAUAGUUCUGGUUUACGAGCGCACCGGACUUCCUCAGAUACUGCAAGCAAAAUGACUUCUUUUUCGGGGCAAUAUCGGUCAGGAAACAGUGACUCUCUCUCUCUCUCCCUCUCUGGGUAUGUGUUUUUCGAUUUUCUAAUUGAAAUUCGCGCCACAAACCGCCGAACUACAGACAAAGUGUACAGUUGCUUUUCGAUAUUUUGGGCUGGGAAAAAGCAAAAUCCGUUUCGAUAAUGAAUCAAAAGCCUUGGCGCAGGCAAUAUUAACCAAGCCAAAAAUCGAAAAUCAACCGAAGCAUUUCCGGGUUCGAGUGUUGAGUCCUUCGAAACGGAACGGAACAAAACCGAACGGACUGACUGAGUCAAGUGAUUGUCUCCCAAAUCACGCGUUCCGAAUAUAGAUUCGUUACGUUCGAUUCUCAUUAUCGAGGUAAUCUUGCGUUAAGGAGCUAAACGUAUUCUUUUUUUGUCUAACAUUUUAAUUCAAUGUUUGAGAAGUCUGAUGAAAAAUAAAUAAAAUAAAGAAUGAAAGAACAAAAAAAAAAAACUGAACUUGGGAAUUUUCCGGUGAACAAAAAAAAAGAGUAAUAAUAAUUAAUACAAAUAAACCCAAACGACACAACAAAUAAAAAUGUGCUUUAUAAUGGGGCAUGUAGCGGUUGCAUACAGCGUCAAAACCAUCGAAUCAAAUCGGAAAAAAAUAAUGUUGAUAUGUUUAAAUAUACAACUUCAUUACAGAAAGAAAAAGAACGAGAAGAAGAAGAAGAGAAGACGUGUAAAAGCAUCUGUUGUGUGAUUUCUCUUGAUGUUUUUUAGAUAAUACAAAGGAAAAGUAAGAACAAGAAGUAAAAGUAGGAGACGAUGAUGAUGA